UAGUGUUAAGCAAAGGUACGGCGCCUAACGAAAUUCUGAUUUCUAAGAAUGGCAAAAUGGCAGGAGAAUUGUGCAUUAAACCACCUUGAGUUCUAGCCGUGGACAAGGUUUCAUCAUAGAGUAUGAGAAAACAGAAUGUGACAACCUCAGCAAGACAUGAUGAGGUUGUAAUAUGUAAUGGGAUGCCUACGUAAGAGCUCAGCAGGACACAUGAAUGCAAACGUCAAUGACACACUUCUUGCCUACCCCUUCAACAACUCGGCUGCUGCAGCGUUGCGGCCCCGCCGCAAACACCACGAUGCCAUGCUCCUCCAGGCAGCCAGCCACACCGCAGACACGACCCCGACCGUCUCGCAGCAGCACAGGGACAUCACGGAGGAGAAAUAUAAGGACCUGCGCCGGCCGCGGCAGCUCCUCUUCUAUCGCAACGGCGACCGCUACUUCCGGGGGAAGAGGCUCCGGAUUACUCCGAACCGCUUCCAGACUUUUGACAGCCUCCUGAGUGAGUUGACCAAGCACAUGUCCCUCCCUUACGGAGUGCGGAAGAUCUAUCACCCAGAGUCCGGCAAGUCCAUAACAGAUAUUGAGAACUUGAUGGACGGCGAGUCCUACGUCUGCGCGUCGUUUGAGAAGUUUAAGAAACUGCCAUAUGGAGCCAACCAUAGCACGCCUGAUUGGAGCACGGGACCAGCAAGCAAACACAGUCAGCUUCAGAGUGAUCUGUAUGGUCGCUUCAGUUACUCCUACCCCAGCACUGGCAAAUAUGCAGCUGCCUAUGCGAGGAGUCCUGCCGGAGGUCCAGAGUCACUCAAGAAAGGAGGCAGUGGACCGGUCUCCUUAUCUUUUCCAGGGGUCAAAAGGCCGCCUGUGUCUCAUCGAGAAAAAGAUCCCGUGUCCAAGUCAACAGGGUCGCUCCAUCCUGACCUCAGCCCCGCCAAGCCCAAGCUCUGUAAGAUCGUCAAGGCAGGAUCCAGGCCACGGCAGAGUGUCUCUCUCUUACUGAACAAGCGGAGUGUCCAGUCCUUCGAGAUGCUCAUUCAGGACAUCUCGGAUGCAUUCGGUCUUCCAAAAUACAAGAACCAUAGGAUUCGGAAGUUGUUCACCAUCCACGGAAAGGAGGUGAAGGGGGUGGCAGACUUCUUUAGGAACUCUGACGAUGCCUUCAUCGCAUCAGCUUCAAAACACAGCCUGAGCAAGGAAGAAAUUGCAGAAAUCUAUGCAGAGGAAUUUUCAAACAAUCCCUACACAAAAAGCAACAGGAGACGGAUGAAAGGGAGGGACAGCAAGAGUGAUAGUGGCUUGGAGGAUGAUGAUGGGGGAGAAAUCCUCUCCAUGACCAAGCCCAAGAAAGCUGGUAAGAAAUCAAAGGAUGCAGAGAAGGCUUCCCUAGAGGAUGGAGAUCUGGGAAGAGAGAAGAAAGAGGAGAUAGUAAAAGAGGAUGCACAGAUGGAGAGCAAGAUGAGACAGACGGAUGAGAAACUGAGGAAAGAGAAAGAAGAGGCAGAAAGGGAAGAAGCGAACAGGAAGAAAGAAGAAGAGUUAAGAUUGAAGGAGGAGGAACUCAGAAAGAGGGAGGAGCAGCUGAAGAAACAGCUACAGGACAAGGCAAAGAAAUCUGAGCAGGAGCGGCUAGAGGCUAUUGCCAAGAAAGAGGCAGAGCUGAAAGCAAAAGAGGAAGAACUGCGGCGUAAGGAAGAGGAAGAGCAAAGGAGGAGGGAGGAAGAGGCAGAGAGGAAGCGGUUGGAAGACGAAGAAGAGCAACAACAGUUGGCAGAAUUAGAGAAUGUGUCCCAGACUCCAGAAGAUUACAUCAACAGCUUUGAUGCACAAGACUUUGGUCUAAACGAAGACAUUUACAGUAAUCAUGAACUUCAUUCCCCAGAUGGCGAGGGUGAUGUGCAGGGUAAACAGGAAAAGAAACUGGACUUCACGUCUGAUCCCCGAGAGAUUGUGGAGAAGGAUUCCAUUCUAAAGAGGUACACCAUUGGCUCCAAGAUUGGAGAUGGUAACUUUGCAGACGUCCACGAGGCUACGCUAAAGAACACGGAGCAGGUGUUUGCCAUGAAGAUAGUGGACAAGUCCAAGCUGAAGGGCAAGGAGCACAUGAUUGAAAAUGAGAUUGGCAUCAUGAAGAACGUCAACCAUCCAAACAUCGUCAAGCUCUUUGAGGAGCAUGAGACUAAGGAGAACAUCUACCUCGUGAUGGAAUACGUCCAAGGAGGGGACCUUUUUGACGCUAUCACAGAGAGUGUCAAGUUCACGGAGGCCGACGCAGCAGUCAUUAUCAGUGACAUGGCCAGUGCUCUGGCCUACCUCCACAGUCUGAAUAUAGUCCAUCGGGACCUCAAACCGGAAAACCUCUUGUUUGUGAAACGUCCGGUCAGCAAGUCUUCCUCUGGCGACAUCACACUGAAGUUGGCCGAUUUUGGCCUGGCCAUGGAGGUCAAAGCACCCAUCUACACAGUCUGUGGGACGCCCACUUACGUCGCUCCAGAAAUACUAGCAGAAACCGGCUAUGGGCUUGAAGUUGACAUGUGGGCCAUGGGCGUCAUCUGUUACAUCUUGCUGUGUGGUUUCCCACCGUUUCGCAGUUUGGAUCGGGACCAAGAAGAGCUCUUUGAACUCAUCCAGGCUGGGGAGUUUGUCUACCUCUCACCUUACUGGGACAAUAUCACAGAUGAUGCCAAAGACCUGAUCGAUCACCUGAUAGUGGUUAGCAAGAGGAAGCGCUACACGGCCAAGCAGGUGCUGGCCCACCCCUGGGUGGUCAGCGGCGGGGGAACCGUCAAGGACAGCCUGCCCAACCUCCAGCGGGAGGUCUCUAUGAACCUGGAGAAGAACUUUGAAGGCCGAAAGAGUGGCAAGCGGAAAGGGGUGCAUGCUGGAGGGGUCAGAUGAGGGGGGAAGGGUGAAAAUUUGAAGAUGUUGGACUUUUUUUACAAAAGCCACCCUGACUGGAUUGUCAGGAGGGGAGCCAGGGGGGAGGGAAACAUUACCAGCACAUACAUAUAACUACACAAGGGUCACGGGUAUGGGCUGAUUUUAAAGGGCCCUGAGUGGCCACAUAAAUAACGAUUUUUUUGGGUUGUUCAAAACACUGCACUGUAAUUUGUGAAUGUUCCUUGUUGAUAGUGAUGCAUAUUGGUUUAUAUCAGCACAGUUCACUGUUGGUAUUCUCAUCUGUCAUUUCCACUGACAGUUGUAGUUGUUGCUGUACUUUUUAUCAAAAGGUAGGUCUUGGUCAUUGCAAUUAUGGAAGGACACACUGACAAGACAUGGGCGGGGCUUUGGAAGCUCGUUUCAGACAUGGAUCAGAGCAAUAUUUCUUUUCCCCCCACAUCUCACAGUAAUUGUGGUCUGCAAAGUCACGUGAAUAGAUUACUUUACAGAUGCUAGUUUGGGUUAAAAAAAAAAGUUCAAUUGACAGCAAGUUAGCCAAAGCCAUUAUUAUGUGGCUUUGACAAAUGAACUAGCUGUGGCUGAAAUGAACUGGAAGUUGCUGUAGUUGCUAGCCGCUGAGCUGCUUCCAUAAGUGUCUAUGUUAUAUCCAGUACAGCCUUGUAGUGGCAUUGAGAUCCGAGACAUGUAGAUUGUAGAAACCAUUUUAGAUUUCAAACAUUAAGCUGUGGUGAUAAUAUGCUACACUUGAAGUGAAAGACCAAUCAAGUUGUAAAAUAAAAAAAAAAUUGAAGAUACUUUUGCAGAAUUUUUACCUUUCAUUCCACCUUCCAGUUCUUGAAAAAUGAAAACGUUCAGUUCUGUGUAUCUUAGUGCUGCUUAUUCUCAAACUGUUGUGUACUGGAAAAUCUAGUUUUGCUCAGUGGUUCUUUGUCUUCCGAUAUGAAAUUUUGAUCCAUCUGAAUUAAAAAUGCCAUUGUACAUAUCAACUUGGACUGGUAGAUUGUGUUCAGGUCAUUGUAGGGUGUGAAUUUAGAUAUCAACUGGUUUUGGUUCUCGUGUAUCCUUGUAUUAACUCUGAACAUCUGUAUUAAAAGAAAAGUGGUCCGUCAUGGCUAAUGAUGGUUUGUUUCUUCCAUUCCGUUUCUUUACAAGGGCCAAAUAAAGUACGAGAGUAAGGUUUAAGGAGAAAAUCCCUCCAACAAAGAAGUACCAUUGAUAUAAUCGUGAGAUGUACAACUGAGAUAUACAAUCCUUUAGAGUUUUCCAUGCAUGAGAGGAUAUUCACUGAAUUGCUGAAAAACAUUUCAGCAAAGCCAAGGGGUGCUUUCAGACUGCAUAAAAAUAUCAGGUGAAUGGCUGCUUCUGUGAACAUUGUAUCUGUCCUUCCAUUGGACCCGUUGAAAAGAUAUUAAGGAUGUGAAACAGGAUGCCAAACUUCAUUUGUUCACCUUGUAUACACAUAGUACACAUACACUAUGACAAGUGACCUUCCUUAUCCCAAUAUGCUAUGCUAUUAUCUUUCUUAAUUGAAAAUGUAUUCUCAGAGAUUUGCAGACAAAAAAAAAAUCUGCAGACGUUUGACAGAAUGUCCGAUAUUUUUGAAGUAUGCAGAUGUCACCAGUUUUGUUGACAUAACUUUUCCUAGCUUUUAGUUUAUAAAGGAAAUUGCAAGUUUUUUUCUCUUACCCCUACUGUCUCUGAAAUUCAUGAUUAGAAAAGGUAAUGCACGAACCAAAUUGUGUAAUAGGGUUUGCUUUAAAAAGUUCAUGUACAUGUAAUUUGGAAACUAAUGAUGAUUAUUGUAGAUAAAUGUAUAUAUAACAUAUUGUAAUUAGUGUAGGAUCUGGCUGCGAAGAAAAAUCUCUUGUAAUUUUAUACUUCAGUGUUCUAUUUAAUUGUUUUUCAAUUGUGUAAAAAGUGAAAUUGCAUUUCAAAGAAUGAUCAGGACAAAAAAUGAGUGAAUUGUAGCACAAAUUCUCUGAGACAUCAGCUGUUCUAGAAUCACACAGAUGGCUGAUGUCUGUAUGGUGGACCGGUCUCUAAUUUUGCCAUAUCUUGUGAAAAAACAAACAGACCCCUCGAUAGGUGGCAAAAUUAGGGCCUUGGUGACUCUAUGUAGUCACAGACAUUACGUUACCUUCUACCUACUGUCAACUGUACUUGUUAUUUCAUGAAAUGUGAGGUCAGCACAGCAGGCAAAUUGUAUCCAUAAAACUGUCACAGACUGAUCCAUUUUCACAGCACUUUUGUGUUCAUCACCAGUUAAGUCACAAGUUAAGCACGGUGAGCAUUGGACAGUGACAGAGUAAUGUUUUUGUCACAGCUUUGUGAGUUGACUUGAGACUGGCGGAGUUGAGAUAGAGUUACAAGGGACUCCACUUCAUGGAUCGUUCUCCCAUUAUGUUUCAUUUGACAGAAAUCCAAGAGGAGCUCACGGAUAUUUGUUCAUGCGAGCUUUUUUCCCUCGUAUGAAUUCAUUCCAUUCACUGCAGUUUUGUAUUCUGGGACUGUAGACAGUGGAAAUUUAUUGAAUAAAUCUGAUUAUGUAUCAAGAAAUGAAAUCGAUGAGUUGGCCAUUUCAUUUUGAGUUGCAUACAGUACUGAUCUACAAAGGGUCAUUCCAACACUUGCACUUUGCUCACUGACUCGAUUAAUAGGAAGUUUGCAAUGAAAGCAACUGCUUUAUUUAGGGAACCACACCGUGAUUUUUCCACAAUUUACGCCAACCACAAAAAUAGUGGCUGGAGCCCUGAGAUGCCAAACCACCAUGUAAAUGUACCAAUACAUGUACUGUUACAUAAUGUAUGUAAAAUCAUAUUACAUUUGGAAUAUUGAGGAGCGUUAGCAUCCAAGAACUGCUAUGUCAUUCUGAUGGGUAGGUGGAUUUUGGGGGUAGAUGGCUACAGCAUAUGGGGAACAUCGUCAUAAAAAACUUUGGAAUCUUGUACAGUACAAAUGUAUUUGUAAAUACAUGUACCUUGAUGCUUUUUCAACAGAUCAGUCCUC